AUGGAUCCCAGGCGACGCGAGCGCGAGCCUGAACACGAGCCCGAAGAGGUCCCCCUUCAAUUCUUUCAACACGCCCACCGUAUGGCCAUCCACGGGGGUAACUUCAUUCAAGCCCGAAACUUCUUCGACGUCCGUGUCCAGGUUAACAUCGAUUUGACCCCAGCUGCCAUCGCCUUGACUGCCAUUUCGACUGCGGCGCUUUGUUUAUUUUAA